AUGAAACAACCUGAAAGAGAGAUAUGUGAACUAAGUGUAAACAGCUAUAUUCGGAAUAAAAAUACAGAAGGAAAUUUAUCGCAAUUAAAUGCUGAAGAUUUUAUUAAUUUAAUUGAACAUUAUGAUAUUUUGCUACCAAAUGGUUGGAUUAUGAAACAAGCAAGUGAGCAGUGCCAAAAUGCAUUGGAACUUUUUCUUGCAAAGUCUGGAGCCUCAGCUCAUUGUGUUAAUACAAUGGCUAAUAUGGGAUUAUGUAUUACUUACCAAACAGCUUUUAAUAGAAUUAAUAGAAUAAGCAAUGAACAUCAAAUUAGUGUGAAAAAAUAUAUUCAAGCUCAUAUAAGAGCUAUUACAAAAAAGUUAGAAACUGAAGAAUUGUCGAUUUCAAAAAAAAUUGUACAUUUAGUACCAUUCUUGGGUCCACUUUAUGUUUCUCUUAAUAUACGAGAAACUAUUAUAAUUGUAUUUCAUUCUUUUUUUGAUUAUUUUUAUAAAGCAAUAUUUAAAAAAAAACAAAAACUUGCUAUUAAGCCUAGACCGUGGCAAAUUAAUUUGUUAUUGUAUUUAGUACAUGAAGGUUGGCUUUUAGUUAAAAAAUAUAUUACCAAGUCAUUUGAAACAUCUAAGAAUAUUGCAUAUAUUACGUUUUUAGAUUUAUUAGAUAAUUUAAUUCCUGCUGCUUUGGAUAUAUAUAUGCAUUUAUUUCAUGAAAAUCAUUUUGAAGAAUAUAUUAAUAUAAUAUUUCAGUUGUGGACUAUAAUGCGAAGAUUUCAAAGACACAAUUACGAUAAAAUUAU